AUGAGAAGAGCUAGAAUUACCUUUAUUUAUGUAGACGAGACAUAUUUAUUUAUUAAGGAAAGCAGACAUUCGGUGGCUUAUCCUAAUCCGGUCGACGAAAUUGAAAGUGUUGGCCGAAGCAUUUGGUUGGAGCCUGCCAACUAUUUACAGCUUUUUGAAGAUACAUCUAAAAAGAACAAAACACCUCUAGUACUUAAUCGUACAUCAAGAGGUGUUUCAUCACCUGGGUUUUAUUUCGGUACUCUGAGUGCUAUUUCUACUUUCGGCGUUGGUAAUUUUGAAGGCGGUGUCAGAACACAUGAUAGUUACAUGAUACGGAACAAUGUCGGAGAACUUUAUCAUAGUCAUGCUGAGUAUAAGAAAAAGAACAUCAUUAAUGGAAGCAAACGUAAAGUUCAUUUCAAUUUGGCACAUGCUGUACGAGAGCAUACAGAAUCUCUUCGGGAAAGAGAUAAAGUCAUUGCUUUGGAACAAGAAGCUAUGAUGUACAAGUUCAAACGUCAAGAAAUCCAGACUCAAGCCCGAGAAUUACGGCGUAAAAUCCACAAGAAAAACAAGGAAAUCCGCCAAAAGAGGCACGAAGUAAAGUAUUUGAGGAUUAUAGAACGGGAAUUGAUCGAAUACCUUGAAAAAUGUGAAUCCCAGUCCCGAGAAGAAGCACAACCAGUAGUACAGGCUUCUUCGCCACUAGCUUUUGGAGCUAAUCUAUAUAGAGUAUACGUUUUGUGUGCUGCUUUAGUCUCUUUUCUCUUAGUUCGUGUCGUUUCUUAUGGAUCCAUUGUAGUCAACC